GCACUUGCUACCACCUUAUCUUGUGAAUUUACCGCGUAAAUAUUACCAAGAUGAAAUUAACAGUUUGUUUUAUAUUAGUUUACGUUACGGGAAGUUUCGCAUAUCCCGUAUCGCAGCCAGCUUACCAAGACACUCCGUAUAUUAGUGCACAAAGCCCUGUUCAAUAUAGACAGCCACAGACUUACUUGACGCCACAGUACGUUACCGCCCCUGUGCCCGCACAACAACAGCCCGCAAAACCAGUGUACGAAGGACAACAAAAGUUCUCCACGCAAAUCAGACAGCCCAUACAACAAGUACUGUUAGCCACCAACGUUGACAGACAGAUACAGCGGGUGGCGCAAGCAGGAGGGCAGCUUUUCCUGCAGCACAUUCAGGCUGCCCAGCAGCAAGGUCAAGCGCAACAAGCUUUAGACGCUGCUCAGAGGAAAGCAACGUCCCAGACAUUGAGCAGACAGAUACAGCCUCUACCUCUUCCAAUACCUCAACAACAACCGCAACCGCAACCACACUAUUUACAAGUUGUUCCUCAACCAGCUCCAAUUAAGUACCAACCAGCCCCUGUUAAAUACGCCGCUCCUGCAGCUCCAGGGUACAGGCCUUAUGUACAACCACAACAGCAGCAUCAGCAACAGCAACAACAACACCAAGGAGGGGAACAACAAAAUCCAGAAGAGUACGAUCCAAAUCCCUCCUACCAGUUCGGUUUCGACGUGAAUGACGAUCUCUACACCAACUACCAAAAUCGCAAAGAACAAAGAGAAGGGGGUAAAAUUACAGGAAGCUAUUCAGUUGUCGAUCCUGACGGUUUCGUAAGAACAGUAACGUACCAUACUGAUCCUAAAGAGGGCUUCAAAGCUGAGGUCACGAGGCAGCCUACCAACAUAGUUGUCAAAAUACCUAAACCCGAUCCCCAGUUUCAGAGACCUGCACAGCACUAUAUACAGCAGGCGGCUCCUGUCCAGCAGAAAGCUGAAGCACAAGCACAACAACCUAAUUUAAUCCAAUAUCAAUACCAAUAACUUUCUGAUCUGAACUGACGAAGUGGCAAAGUUCUAGCCAUUAUCGAGAACAUUUUAUUGUUAUUAUUUUUAAUUAUUUGUAAUUAAGAAUUAAAGUUUGUAAUAAAAAUUUAUAACAA